CAACGGUUUGCUCUGAUGCUAUCAUGUCCUCUCAGCCAGAACCUCAGGAUUUCAUAGCUGUCGUCUUUGUGAUAGACACCUCUGUUGCUCUAGGUUCCCAAUGGCUUCAUGUUCUAUCCAGUUAUAUAUCUCCUCUCUUUCGUCGGCUCAUAGAACUCAAUCCUAACCGAACUAUUCGGAUAGGAAUCGUUGUGUAUACUCUACCGGAUAUGACCACUUACUCCCCAAUUAUACAUAAAAAGUUCCUCGGCGACUUCACCCAAAUUGCAGACAUAUUGAAGAAGGAUGCUCAUAAGAUUGGUCUUGGAAGUACGCUAUCGGGGGAUAAAACUGGAAUGCCAGCAUUAGAGGGCGUAGUCGCUGCAAUUGAGAUGCUCGAUGCGUUAACGAUUUCGUCUCCAUCUACCAGUCCUGGCCGACCCAUCACCUUGAAUAUAUUCCAUAUUACUGCUGUUGUACCGGACAAGACAACCAGUCCCCAGUGGAAUGAAUUGGAUAGUCUUGAUCAUAUUACUUGGGAAACCUUACCUUCCGAGCUGUUAACCAGGAAGAUUCAUCUCAGCUCCGUUAUACUUAAUUCCGACACCUCCAUCUAUACAAAACUCCAUGCAUCGGGCUCGACACCCGCAUGGUUCCAAACCAGACCAAGUCAUACGAUCCUUCUGCCUUCUUACUUCUCAACAGCGUUACCUCAAGCUCUGAAACGUCCCGCCGAUACUCCUGUAGCUGACAAAGCUCCAGCUCAAAAACGCCCUCGCCUACCUGGAGUACCGUCUUCCUCUCCCUUAGUCGCAAACUCCACUUCUACACCUCCAAAUCAUAACAACAACAACAACAACGGCAACAACGCGCGUCCCGGUUUUUCAACACAACCACCUGGCGUUCCGGGAAGACCGCCACUGACACAUCAGCAGCUGCAAGGUUUGCAGGGAUUACAAGAGUUACAGGCUGCUGUACAACGACUUCGGGUAAUGGAGGAGCGCAUGCAGAAUUUAGAGGCCGGGAUCAAAGACGCCCUGCAGGCAGGGGAUACCAAGAAAGCUGAUGAAUUGGGUGCUGAGUUGACGAAAAUUCGAACACAGGUAGUGCAGGCGAAAGGAUGGAUUCAACAACAGUUUAAGCAGACACAACUAGCAAUACAAGCGAACCAAUUAUCAUCUCAACAGUCGGCAGCAGCAGCAACGAAUGGGGGACCCUCGGCCAACGUGCCACCAAAUGGGGUUCCUCCAUCUCAAGGAGGUGACGCGGGUGGUUCUCGCCCACCUUCAGGGCCCAAUCUGAACUUAAACAACGGGAACCCGGUUAUGCACAGCUCCUCUCCACCACCUCCCCUAGCCCAACCUCAAAAUCCCAAUUUCCCGCAAGCUGUUGCUGUUCCUAAUUCGAACCAGAUGGGCGGCGCGGCCAUUGCUCAGGGAUUGAACGCGCAAGGUCUACCGAGAAUGCCAGUGAUGUCUGACUUGGCCACUCAAAUGCACAAGCUCGUUGAACAGAACGAGAGAAGCGGACGCCCACAGUCGGGUCCCGGAGGAGGAUCCAUCGGUGGUAUGCCUGGAGCACCACCUGGUAUGCUGGUACCUCAUCAAAAUUCAGGACAACCAGGAAUACCAGGACAAAAUCCUGCUAGCAUGUUAAAUGGUAUGGGUGGUCCUCCUUCUCUCAAGCCUCCUGGUGCGGCGGCGGCACAGCAAUCUCAGGUACCUGUAUGGCAAGGUCCCAUGGUGUGGCAACCGGAAGCUAUGAAUGGGAUGCGGGAGCUUAGUGCGCAUAUUGCGGUUCUAGCUAACAGUCCCAACGGGAGAUCAAGCCAUUCCGACACUUGGCCCAAGACGAUAUAUCUCAGUGCCUCGCAGCCUACGAAUCCAUUAGACGUUCAGGCUUGGUUUAAACAACAUCAACAGACCAUGUUUUUCGGCAAAUUAACGCCAGGUCCUGAUGUGCACACGCGGGAAAGUUAUUCACACCUAUGGACAAUACUGAUGACGAAGAAAAUCUAUCUCCUGGGAGCUUGGACCACUCCUUCCGGCUCUCAGACGAAGAAUCUCCUCAUUGCAGCUGCCCCGAAUUCUGGUUUACUCGGGGCGUUCUUCCCGCAUGACGGUCUUCCCGAGCUUCCCAAGUCUAAUGGUGUUGCGGCUCCUCCCACUCAAUCGCAGCCGCCUAUGAUGGGCGUGGGCGGUACCGGUGGCCCACAAGGAGCAACUGGAUUACUCGCACCCGACGUUAUAACCGGCAUACGCUCGGUCACGAACGAGAACCAGAGAGCCCUGGCUGCCCAUCAAAUACUUGUGAAGUUACAGCAGACGCAUUUGGCUGCUCGACGAACGAUCAAUCCUACUGAUUUACAUAUGUUGUUGAGCGCGUUGAAUGUCAGUCUUCCACAGUUACACGCUGCUCAGAGGCAGUAUCAGCAGCGGGCUUUAGCUGCUCAGGGACAAGCACCACAGCUGCUGCAACCGCAACAACCGGGGAUGCCAGGAUUUGGUGGGGGUGGGGGUGGAAGUGUGGGUGGACCGUUAGGGAUGAAUAUGGGAGGUGUGGCAGGAGGAGGAGGGAUAUUUCCUAUGUUUACGGCACAGAAUACGAUGAAUGUGCAGAGGGGUAAUUUAGGAGGGAUGAGUCUGGGUUCGGGUCAACAGAUGAUGAAUGGAGGUGGUUUCCCUGGCAGACAAGGGAUGGGUGGUGGUCCCACGGGCGGUGGAAUGCAAGGCAAUGUGAGCAUGGAGAUGAUGCAGUCGUUUGCACAGAGAAAUGUGGAUGGGGGGAUGGGUCAAGGCCCUGGUUGAAUGAUAAUCAUUCAUGGUGUGCACGCAUACUAAAAUCACGCUGUUUUAUUGUUAUGUGGAGGAACCGUACUAUUGUUAUUAUUCGUCGUGUUUGCUCUCGUCGUUGUAUUUUUAUGCUUCAACAAUUUGAAUUAGCUUAUAAUCUGUCUGUGAUGAUGGAUCAAAGAUAUUUUAGGCUCGAGUAUCUCUUUCAAACACAUUCCUAACUUCCGAUACCAGAAGUCAUCAAUCCACCCAUUGCCCACUCAUAGGCCCCAAGAAAGACAGCCCCACCUGCGGAUAUCCACAUCGUUCGCGGUACUAAGCCAGAGAACAGUGCGCUUAACCCUUCUUUUUGGUAUAUUCCGGUCAGUCGGCUGUACAGAGAGAGCCUCGCCUGGCCGGAGGU